ACUGGAGGGAGGAGAAUCCGAGCAGGAAGCGGAUGAGAAUAGCACAGAACCGAGGUCCGAUGUCGACCUCCGUACCAAGAUUCGGAAGGUCGAACUCUGCAGCGCCACAACAGUUUGAAGGUAAACCUCCAGUUAAUUGGACUCCUUUUAAUUUGCCCCGGUCACAAAUUUUCAUACAGAUCAAGAAUAAGAUGGAUUUAAGGCGUCCCGGCCCAAUGAGAACUACUGCUGCUAGCCGAGAUCAUAUUAGAUAUUGUGAUUUCCAUCAAGAUCAUGGUCAUACAACAGAGCAAUGCAACAGCUUGAGGUCCGAACUGGAAAGUCUUGCCCAGAAGGGAUUGUUAAAUGAGUACAUUCAGAGAGCUGAACAGCCACGAUUUGUCAGAGAACAAGGGCCACCACCUCAAGGAAUCCGUAACCCGCCAAAUCGACAAGGUGUGGGAUACCAGCAAACCCCACCUCUGCUCCCACCACCAGCUAGAAUCAUACACAUGAUCACGGGAGGCUUGGAAGCCGGUGGACUAAGCUCUAAGCAGUGAAAGUUGUAUGUCCGAGAGAGAGUCUAUCUAAUAUAGCCAGCCAAGCAAUAAAACUAUGUUUGGGGAUAGAAUUUGAGUACCAAAUGAGUCUAAACCAGGGUACCUUAGAUCUUUUUUGCCUAAGGAAGUUCCAAGUAGCACCUGUUCGAAAAGAACCUGAUG